AUGGAUAGCGACGAUCAAUACGAUGAAUUCGGCAAUUUCUUGGGUGACGCUGCAGGCUCUGAAUCCGAUUUGAGUUCGCAACACAGUGAUGGCGAGAACGAUCUAGAGAAUCCAAUAAUUGACGAUGGGAUGGACUCUGAUGAGGAUGAAAAGCCGCACAAUGGAACAUUGACCAGAGCCGCAGAUCUCAUAGGAUCAUUUGAAUCGGCGGAAAUAAUUCAAGUUGAUCCCACAAAUACUGGGCUUGAUCAACCGGUUAUAAAACCAUCCGCGCAAGCUAAUUCACACGAAUCUAAGGGAGACGAAGACGACCUUCCUCAAACCCCAUAUUCUACAAAGUACCUUGUGGAAUUAUGCAAAACACAACCCGAAAGGAUACGCAAUAUUGCGGUCGUAGGUGGUCUUCAUGUCGGGAAAUCUUCCCUCGUAGAUCUGUUGGCCAAAGACAUAUACCCUGACCUCGGGGCAGACAAAAGCAGCGAGAAUUCUAUUGGAAAAUUGAGAUUUCUAAAUAGCCAUAGCGCUGAAUUCACGCGAGGAAUUACCAUACGAUCUAUGCCUUUGAGUUUACUCUUGCUGGAUCUGCGCCAUAGAUCCCACCCUGUUACCUUCAUUGACUGUCCUGGUCAUCCUGACUUCUCAGACGAAUUUGAGGCAGCACUCGAUGUUGUGGAGGGUGCUAUCUUGGUACUUGACUCUUUGGAAGGUUUUACUGGUAGAGACAAGCGUAUUUUAUCUGAAGUCUUGAAGAAAGACCUCCCAUUUGUAGUCGUGUUGAACAAAUUGGAUCGAUUAUUGAUUGAGCUGCGCUUUCCACCGCGCGAUACAUAUUUGAAACUCAAGCAAACCUUAGAUGAGAUCAACUCCUUUGUCACAGAUAGCGAGUUCAGUCUCUCCUAUUCACACAACAAGCUCGUGUCUCCAAUGAAGAAUAAUGUGGUCUUUGCCUCUUGCAGCCUCGGCUUUAGCUUUACUUUAUCUACUUGGAGCUUCUUGUAUGAGAAUAAUGGUAAACUUCUGAAUGUGGAUAGAACCCAGUUUGAGAAGCUUCUAUGGGGUAACGUCGCUCUCCAAGAAGGAAAGUUUUUUAAGCCUGUUACUGUCGAAACUCCAAACACCUUCGAGACUCUAAUCCUCGACCCAAUAUACAAAUUGGUAUCUCGAUGCUUCGACAACGAGUCAUCUGAUGAUUCACUCGCCGAGCUUCUAUGGGAGAACUACAAAUUGUCUCUUCCGAAAUCCGCUUACAAGCAGAGCCCCAAGCUUCUCAUCAACAGUGUAUUCACAGCUCUAAUGCCCACUCUGGUUGAUUUCAUUCAAGCUAUCGUAAGUACAGUAUCAUCUCCCUCAGACAGCGACUCAUUGAGCAGAAAAUGUCCUCAAAUCUUAUCGGAAAACAAUGGUUUCGUUGGAGAAGUCUUUGCCGUCCGUAUAGCGACGGGUUCAGAGGGAUACAAGUGCCUCACUCGGAUAAUUCUGGGCUCCAUUAAAGCAGGAGAUAAAAUAUUCCUAAAAUCAGAAGAUACACCGGAUAGCAUAGCAACUAUUUCUGAGGUUUGUUUGCCUUGCGGCAGGUUUAGUAACAGGAUCGAUGAAGCCACUACUGGAAUGAUCGUGGUUCUCUCUGGUUUAGGAGAUUCAAUCUCGAAAAGUGCAAGUUUAUUUGGCCAAACAAUUCCCGAAGAACACCAGAUACCAUUUAAUCGCUCUCGGAAUGGUGAGAAGUCAAUCUAUAAAGUUGCAGUUGAAUGUGAGAAUCCAGCCGAACUUCCGCGUUUGAUAAAGGGACUUCAAACUCUAUCUAAAGUUUAUCUCGGUGCACUCAUCAAGCUUGAGGACAGCGGCGAAUACACAGUAUUGGGGCUUGGCCAACUAUUCCUCGAUUGCUUUCUCGAAGACCUUCGUCGAAUUACAGAUGAUAGUCUCAUCAUCAAAGUUAGUGAUGCCAUGGUGAGGUUUUCCGAGACUUGUGAUGAACGCUCAGUAACCAAACUAUCGGCGUACAGUGCAUCCAAACAAAACAAUUUAUCCAUCAUUGCUGAGCCUGUGCAAGACAGGGUGCUCAGCAAAUCUAUCGAAACUGGAAGAGUAAAUCUUUCCCAGUCCGCUCGAGAGUUGUCCAAACUUCUCCGAAAUGAUUUCAAAUGGGAUGCCUUAGCAGCACGUUCCUUGUGGGGUUUGGGGCCAAAAGGUUUACAGCUACCAUCCCUUUUGCUUAACGACUCGCUAGAGGGUCAAACCGACAAAGCGCUUUUGGAACUCGCGAAGAAUUCCAUCAUCGCCGGGUUCGAGUCAGGAGUGAAUGAGGGUCCGCUUUGUGGGGAGGCAAUUCGUGAUACGAAAUUCAAAAUCCUCGACGCAACUCUUAACAAUGCGGCAGCUACUUCCAGUAGUCAAAUCAUCCCCAUGUCGCGGAACGCCGUCCACAUAGGCCUCUUGACAGCUGGACCUCGUCUCCUUGAACCAAUUUACAAAGUAUUUACCACUUGCUUCUCACAUACUGUUCCAGCCAUUAUGGAACUUUUAGACAAGCGUCGUGGAUGGGUGGUCCAUGAAAGACCUAUUGGCGGCACGCAAUUCUGUGAAGUUGAAGGAUACGUUCCUGUCAUUGACUCAAUCGGCUUGGACGUAGAUAUGAGAAUGGCAACAAUGGGAAUGGGCUCAUGUGUCAUGGAGUUCUUCCGCUGGGAUGUUGUUCCCGGAGAUCCUUUGGAUAAAGACUGUGAGCUUCCUGCAAUGAAACCAGUGCCUCGGGCCUCUCUCGCUAGAGAUUUUGUUAUGAAGACACGUAAAAGAAAGGGUUUGACUGGCGAGCCAAAUCUUCAAAAGUACAUUGAUCCUGAGCUUUUUGCUCAGCUUCAAGAAAGUGGGAUUGUAUUAUAG